CUGCAAGCAAUAUGGCUGCCCCCUUAAGGAUACUGUGUUGCUCUGUGUUAAAACACUCCAGCAGACGGCUGAGCACAACGUGUGGCCUUCAAGGGGGAGAAAAGUGGAGGAAAGAGCAUGGACUUGCGCGCAGUGGCACAGAAUAUGGACCCCUGACAGAUCUACCUGAUUGGUCUUUUGCAGAUGGGAGACCAGCACCUCCAUUGAAGGGCAUGUUAAGGCGGCGGCAAGAGAGGGAACAAUUAGCAAGUCGCAUCGUGAUGCUCAACUCUGAGGUGGACAGAGGCAUGGAGUCUUGGAGAGAGAAAAAGGACGAAGCUCAAAGAAUGGAGGAGUACAAAAAGUCUCUCUUGCUCAAACCCAAAGGGAAGCUAUUAAAGAAGAAGCAUCCUCCAAGUUAGAAACAGUCCUGGUGAACACAUAUGAAUCCUGCUCAUGUAUUUAAUGUUGUGACUGCUCCAUUAUGAGCGGCAAUUUCAUGGAAUAAAAUAAUUGGGAUUUGUG